AUGAAGGACAACCUUCACAUGUGCACUUUUCAGAAGCGUGUUGGAAGAGUUAUUGUCCAAGUGAGACGUGUACCAGAGUCGGGCUGUACCAGACUGUGUACCAACCUGAUAACAAAAUACUACCAGCACCUUCUGGCUUUGGCCUUCGCCAUCAAUGAGAUCAAUGAGAAUCCUAACCUCUUGCCCAAUGUCACUCUUGGGUUUCACAUCCAUGACUCCUCCGCAGAUGCAAGAUGGACAUACAGAACCACCCUGGACCUGCUCUUCACUUCACAUAUACUAGUCCCAAACUACCAAUGUGGCAUCCAGAAAAAAAUGAUAGGCAUCAUUGGAGGACAUACUGCUGACACCUCAUCACACAUGGCAAGCAUCUUGAGUCUCCUCAAGGUCCCCCAGCUUUCAUACGGCUCAUUUAAACCAGAAUGGGAUGAUUCGUCCCAUUUCUUUCCCUUUUACCGCAUGGUCCCCAGCGAAAACCUUCAGUAUGUGGGAAUUGUCCAGUUACUUCUGCAUUUCGGGUGGAAAUGGGUCGGGAUUGUCACUAUGGAUAGUGAAAGCGGAGGUCAUUUUUUGAAGACUUUGGAGCCAGUGCUUUCCAGGAAUGGAAUCUGUGCAGCCUUCACACAAAAGAUUUCAGAAAGCUUCCCCUUGGAAAGCACAGAGGUCCUUUGGAAAUACAUCGAAAGUAGUAAUGCAGAUUUCCUGGACAGCAAAGCCAAUGCAGUUCUCGUAUAUGGAGAAACUGGGACUUUAAUGUGGCUGGCAGCUAUUACAUUUAUACCCAUAUAUUAUCAGACUCUAACAGGUUCUGAAGAUGCGUUGAGAGCCUCUACAGGAAAGGUGUGGAUCACCACAGCCCAGGUUGAUUUUGCAUUCGUUAUUUUCCAAAAGAUAUUCAAUAUGCAAAUAUUCCACGGUGCUCUUUCCUUCACAAUUCAUACAAAGGACAUCGUAGGCUUCCAUCGAUUUCUUCAGGUUAUAAAACCCUCCUGGACAAAGGGGGAUGGCUUCAUCAAGAACUUCUGGGAACAAGUGUUCGACUGCGUGUUUCCAGAUUCCAUUAACCCAACCAAAUCUAGUGAAACGUGUACUGGGGAGGAGAGACUGGAGAGCCUCCCUACUCCUUUUUUUGAAAUGAGGACCACCGGCCACAGCUACAGUAUCUAUAACGCUGUCUAUGCCAUCGCACACGCCCUACACCUCAUGGAUUCGUCGAGAACCAAACACAGAGCAACAGAGAACGGGAGCAGCCUCAUUCCUCUGCAUCUCAUGCCUUGGAAGCUCCACACCCUUCUUCGGAGACUUGCUUUCAACAACAGCGCUGGAGAUGAAGUGGCCUUCGAUGAACAUGGAGAAUUGAAAGGUGGAUUCGAUAUUACCAACUUGAUCACUUUUCCAAAUAAUUCCUAUGUCAGAGUCAAGAUCGGGAGGCUGGAUCCUCAGGUUCCCCUUAGUCAAAGAGGAAUCAUCGACAAAGACAGAAUUGAGUGGCAUAUGAACUUCGCCCAGGUGCCUCCUCUCUCUGUGUGUAGUGAUAACUGUAAGCCUGGUUACAGCAGGAAAAAGAAGGAAGGGGAGAAAUUCUGCUGCUACGAUUGUGACCCAUGUCCGGAAGGAAAAAUGUCAGACAAAGAGGCUCUGGUGCUUGCAGUCAUUGUAAAGCACCAGGACACUCCCAUCGUUAAAGCCAACAACCGGAACCUCACCUACGUUCUGCUCAUCUCUCUCUUUCUCUGCUUCCUCUGCUCCUUGCUUUUCAUCGGACGGCCUAACCACGUGACCUGCCUCCUCCGACAAACAGCUUUUGGCAUUAUCUUCUCGGUAGCUGUUUCUUCUGUCUUGGCAAAAACUGUGACUGUUGUUUUGGCGUUUAUGGCAUCCAAGCCAGGAAACCUUUUUAGAAAAUGGGUGGGGAAACAGUCGGCAUAUUAUAUUGUUAUUUCUAGCUCCUUUGCUCAAGUUGGCAUUUGUGCUGUUUGGUUGGGUUUUUCUCCUCCCUUCCCAGAUAUGGACAAGAAUUCGUUGAGUAAAGAAAUCAUCCUGCAGUGCAAUGAAGGGUCCGUCACCAUGUUUUACUGUGUCUUGGGCUACAUGGGAUUUCUUGCCACUGUCUGCUUCAUCGUGGCUUUCCUGGCUAGAAAUCUACCCGACAGUUUCAACGAAGCCAAGUUCAUCACCUUCAGCAUGAUGGUCUUCUGCAGCGUUUGGCUGUCCUUUGUCCCUACUUACCUGAGCACAAGAGGGAAAGACACAGCGGCCGUGGAGAUCUUCUCCAUCCUGACCUCCAGUGCAGGCUUGCUGGGCUGCAUCUUUCUGCCUAAAUGCUAUAUGAUCAUUCUGAGGCCUGAGUUGAACAGCAGAGAGCAGCUGAUGAGGAAAAAACAUUACAAUUUGUAA